AUGCGUGUCUCUCAGCUUUUCGCAGUGGCGACGUAUGUCACCAGCGUCUUGUCCUGCGCAAAGCAUAACAAUCACUACUCCCUCAAGCACAAGAGGCGACACAUUGACCCUCGCGCCGAGCCUGGAAAAACGGACUGGGCUUAUGAAGCUUCUUACAAUUGGGGUCGUCUCAACCCUGACUACCAUCUUUGCCAAGAUGGCACUCAGCAGUCUCCCAUCCCCAUCGCGCUCAAGCAAGGUCUCUCACUGGAACAUCUGAUCAAAGAGUGGAAUUAUCCCGAUGAAAUCACCGGCAACUUCUUCAAUUGGGGUUACGGGCCUGCAUUCACUGUCCAGAACGACGAUCAGAUCUGGACUCAGAACCCCUCUUUCAGCUUCGACAACGAGACUGUUUACCUCAAAGGCUGGCACAUCCACGCCCCCGCCGACCACACAGUUGAGCGCCACCGCUCCAGAGCCGAGCUUCAUCUCGUCCACGUCAACGCGCAGGGCAAGGAACGUGCAGUCCUUGCUAUUCGUCUCGAUCCAGGUAACAAGGCAAACAGCUUUUUUGCUCAGCUCCCAAAGAUGAUUGGCUUCAACGAAACGGACGUCAGCGAAGAGACUACUCUCAAUCAUAGGCUACUCCUGGAGAGUGUUGAUUACUUUGAUGAGUUUUGGACUUAUGAGGGAAGCUUGACGAGUCCUCCUUGCACCGAGGGUAUUCGCUUUUUCAUCGCGCGUCCGAUUUUGUUUACGAGUGUGCAGCAGAUGAGGGCUAUUCUUGGGGCUUCGACUUAUAGUGCUCGUGAGGAGCAGUUGGUCUGGCGUCAUCGCAUCAAUGUAUAG